AUGGGAUUAAAUCGGACGGUUCGGCUGUUCUCACAGAUAUAUUUCGUUCACCUCCGCUCUUCUUCACCAACUCAUCCCACAGGGACCAUUUCACAGCGGAAACAGCAGCAUUGCGUCGCGUUGCGCCGUAGCAUUUGCGUCGGUGACUCGGGUCCGAGCGUUACAAUAUCCAAGCGUUGCGCCGUAUAUCGCAGCAGAUCCUCACGCACGAAAUCGCACGCAGCAACGGCACUCGGCAUAUUCACCACGAAGCUUCCGAACCGCCCGCUCGGUAGGAUCAUUAUGAAGCUUCCUCGACCCGCUCUCCUCCUACUGCUCCUCCUCGUCUCCGUCGCACUACUACCGCUCUUCGCCUCCUCGCGCACUCUUCCGCCUAAGCAGCAGCCCACAGGUGGGGAGAUUCCGCCAGCUAAGGGGGGAAACACCACCACCCCCCUCCGCCAUCGGCGCCAUGGGGCGAACGGGACGGCAGCGGCGGGGAACCGAACGAAGGGCGGGCAUCCGAACAAGGGUCACCAUCGCGGGAACGGCACUGCGGCGGGGGGACCUUCGCCAAAGCCGCCAACGAACGGAAACGUGAAGAAUGGAAAUGCGCCGAGUGGUCAGAAGAACGGUGGCGCGCAGCCGAACAAGAAUGGCGGCGGAGGCGGUGGCGCGCAGACGAACAAGAACGGUGGCGCGCAGACGAACAAGAACGGUGGCGCGCAGACGAACAAGAACGGUGGCGCGCAGACGAACAAGAACGGUGGCGCGCAGACGAGCAAGAACGGUGGCGGCGGCGGCGGCGGCGCCAAUAAGCCGCGUCGACCGAAGCAAAUUGCUGAGGAGGACUGUAGCAGCAAAACAUCGUGGCCAGAAGUGGUUGGCAUGACGGGCGAAAAGGCUCGCGAUUACAUCUUGACAUCCAUGCCAGAGUGUAACUGGGACGUGCGAAUUAUACCGAAUAGGGGAUUCGCCACAAUGGAUUAUCGCACAAACCGUGUUCGUAUCUUUGUCGAUAAGGAUGGCAUCGUUCGCGUUCCUCCAAGAAUCGGCUAA